AUGGCAGCGAGACAAGGAACCGGAGCUUCAAAUGGAAAAGACAAGACAUCUGGUGAGAAUGAUGGGCAGAAGAAGGUUCAAGAGGAAUUUGACAUAGACAUGGACGCGCCAGAGACAGAGCGGGCGGCUGUGGCGAUACAGUCCCAGUUCAGAAAAUUCCAGAAGAAAAAAGCGGGGUCCCAGUCUUAGCAGCUACCUCACAGCUUAAAGCAAAGUAAUCCUGAAAUGGUUUAUCAAGAAAAUCAGGAGUAACACAAGGAUGCAUGUACAGAAAUUACCAAUAUUUAAAACCCCAUUGGCAGAUAACAAACCAUGAGCUUGUGUGUGACUUCAUCCCAGGUGUUUCAUCCCAGGUGUUUCAUGCCCAUUAUCCUCUGUAACUCACCAUUUUACUUGAUGUUGUAAUAAAAAGUUAGGGUGAAGUAAUUAAAGUGUCUGCCUUCAUCUAUCUUUUCAUAUUAAUCCAGCAACCACAGCACUACAAACGAACCGAGCCCAGAUGCUUGUUAUCCUCUUCACGUAAAGCUUGGAGAUGUAACAGCACCGUAUGUUACAAGGUUUUUGCUGAGGGAUGAGAGCAGGCAUCUCAGCCCUACUUACCUCAUUUGGAGACUUCCAGCUGCCAGCCAAAUGUGACGAUAAAAUUACUUUCUCAUAAUGAGCUGAAAGCAAAAAGUUGCAGACAGAAGCUGGCAUGAGGGGAAGAGGUGUAGGAAGCAGUGAGCAGUUUAUUUUUGUCUUGCAAUUAUGCCGAUAAAGUGGCUUAAGUGGGGAAAUUGUCCCUGUCCUUCCUCUUUGCAUGAUAAUGUUUAGAAUUACCCAGCUUGGACCAAAUUGACUGUUACGGAAAAAAAAAUAAAAAAUCAGAAACAAAAUAC